AGUGUUUCUCAACCUUCGGAAAACCUUGGCCGACGCCAAGCGUUUUCUUGCAUUCUUCAAUUCAGAAACGCAUUUUCCAGACAUCUAGAGCUCAUAAUUCAUCCUAUUAAAAAGGCAGGUCAAGUUUAGUAGGAUAAAGUAGCUUGGGGGCCAGAGCCGAUCUUGAAGUGUGACUAACAGUCAAAGAACAAGUGGCGGACUCGUUUUUCCAGAAGAUCGCAGAGUGGACAUCUGGAGAUCUCUAAGGUAAGGGAGUCUUCUUUCGUCGUUGAUAUUCCAAUCUAGAGAAUGACUUCUGUUGGAGUUGAAAAGCGUGGUCAAGGCGAUCAGGGUCAUGAUGUCCCUACAGUUACACAGCCAGGCAUGGUACCUCCUCCACAGUACCCUGGUCCGCAACAGGCACCCUGGCCUCAGCAAGUAGGACCAUCCCAACAAAUGAAUACGACCACCAAUAUAGUCAUCACAGGGCAGCCCGGGUCCAGUGGCCGGCCAGUUCCAAGAGAGUGGAGUAGUGGACUGUGCGACUGCUUCACCGACAUGGGCAGCUGUAUGCUUGCCUACUGUUGCCCCUGCUACCUACAAUGUGAACUUGCCCAGGAUAUGGGAGAAUCGUGUUGUGAGGCAUGUUUGUACAAUUGGUGUAACCCUGGAGCCUUGUUUGGCAUGAGAGUUUACCUUAGAGCCAAAGAAAACAUAAAGGGGACACUGUGGAAUGAUUUUAACCUGACCGGAGGAUGCUGUAGCUGCUGCUACUGCUGUGCCCUGGCACAACUGGCACGUGAGGUCAAGUACAUUAAGAGUACCAAAGGUUACGUCUAAAGAACCUAAGAGUAAUAAAGACUACGUCUGAAGAACUUGACAUUGUUUGACCACAUAAAUAAUUCGUGUUUUUUUGCUAUGUGUUGCUUCUUGUAGAGAUUGUUCUGUAAUGGAGAUUGUUGUUUAAACGGUUGGGAGAAGCUAAUAAUUUUAACAACAUAAAAUCAGCCUUAGUGUCUUAAAAUAAAUUAAGAAUAAAUAAAUAAUUCUGCACAGA